CUAAACUUUUUGUCAAACGACUUGAAUGAAAUCACUUUGAAACCCUGAAAUGACUCUCCAAUAGAUUCGCGUGACGUUGGCGAUUCGUAAUCCUAGUCGCUUGGGGACAAGAACACGAACCUGCUCGCAACCUAAUUCGAUCUCUAAUGGCUGUGAACGUAGCGACCAAACGCAAACGCAAGCGCGGCGUCUCGAGUCAACAGAGAACCACCAUCCCGAAAAAACGCAGAUUCUUCUCGGGCAAGCCAGUUUCCUCUUCCAAUGCUACAAUCUCGACGCUUUCGAGCUACCCAGUUACGAAAGUUCGAGAAUUUCAUGCCCGUCGCAGAGGGUUUCUUCGAUUUAGGUCACUGGUUCGUCGUGCUCCAGUCUUGAAAAAGAAGAAGGAAAAACCUAGAAUUUGCACUGGCAAUGUAGAGAUUAGUCGUGAAACAAGCAAUUUGUCUGGUCUCAAGUGUGAUUCAAACAAACCCGUAUUGAGAUACAAUGAAAAAGAGAGGAUUGUGAUUGAUUUGGUUGAUGACGACGAUUCAAGCUCUGAAGAAGCUGCUCUCGUGGUUGAAGAUGAUACGGAAAAUUUGGUUGAGGAACGAUCUUCUUCUUUGGGUGUUCGAAAUGGUAAAAAUGGGAACAACUUGAGAGUAUCAUUGCUCCGCAGAUCUCCCCGUUUGAUGAAAAACCGUGUUGAGGUUUCUAAUGAACUCUUUCUACCGCUCAAAAAGGAAGAAGAAACUGAAGUUAAUGUUGCAUUCUCUAUGAGAAAUAGAACGAAGGUUGUGGUUUCGCAUGAAAACUCCAACAUUGAUAUUCGUGGAGAAACUUUACAAUGCCUUAAACCGUCUGCUUGGCUUAACGACGAGGUCAUCAACCUUUAUCUUGACCUGCUGAAAGAGAGAGAAACUAGAGAUCCUCAAAAGUACCUCAAGUGUCAUUUCUUCAAUACCUUUUUCUACGUCAAGCUAGUAAGUGCCUCCGGUUACAACUACGAAGCUGUCAGGAGAUGGACUACCCAGAGAAAGCUGGGAUAUAAUCUUAUUGACUGUGACAUAAUAUUUGUUCCAAUCCACGGAAGUCUACAUUGGUCCCUGGCAAUGAUUAAUAUCAGGGAAUGCAAGUUCCUGUAUCUUGAUUCACUAAAUGGAUUUAAUCCCAAAGUCUUGAAUGCUUUGGCAAAGUACUUGGUGGAUGAAGUAAAGGACAAGAGCGGGAAACAUAUUGACGUUAGUUCAUGGGAGAUCGGAUACGUUAAAGACCUUCCUCGGCAACAGAAUGGGUAUGACUGUGGGAUGUUUAUGCUUAAAUACAUAGACUUUUACAGUAGAGGACUGAAGCUACAUUUUAGCCAGAAGGACAUGCCAUACUUCAGGUUAAGAACAGCAAAGGAGAUACUUAGACUGCGAGCGGACUAGUUUUGCCGGUUUUUGGUGAUAAUAGCUUUUUAUUUUAGGAAGCCUACAAUGUCAUUUAGAAGGCUCUUAGUAAAAAUUAUGGAUUAAUCUGCUGUGGCUGUGGAGGAUGCUAGAUAUCUCAUGGUCAUGGCUGCUUUUUGGAAAUAUUGAUUAGUUUUCUUUUUGCUAAUAGAGUUGUAAGGCUGUAGCUUAUUACAAUCAAUGUUAUUAUCAAAUCCAACAAUGUUAUGUUAGAAGCCUCUGAGCAAAUUUUCAAUCUUAUGGUCA